AUGAAUUGCAAAAGAAAGAAACAAACUGUGGCUGAAGAUAUCAGUGAUGCAAAAACCAGAAAGGAGGACACUCGCCUUUAUUGUUUAUGUAAACAAUUAGAUGAUCCUGAUAGAACAAUGAUCCAGUGUGAUUUUUGUGACGAAUGGUUCCAUCCUGCCUGUGUUGAUCUGGAAGAGGGUGAAGUUAAUGAUGUUGGAAGAUGGUACUGCCCACCAUGUACAGAUGUUAUGGCACAAAAUCCAUCACUGUCGCGUAAAGGUUUUCUUGGGUUUCAAGGGAGAGUAGCACCGAAAGAGGGAUGGGGAGAAGAAUUUUUGUUGGAGGACAUCGAUGAGUCUGUCAUUCAAGUAGAAACCAAAAGACAUCGUGUUGAAGGCUGGAACCUGUUUCGAGAAGGUCGUGUUACUCGACUGAGCAGCAAUAAAAACGGAAAUUAUGUAUAUUUCCGUAGUCAGUGUCAGGCAUCCAUGAGACAGCUGUCCUAUAAUGUGUUUAUCUGUUUCAAGGGCAGUCGAAGGCUUAAGUGGUCAACCUGUUCGUGCCCUGCUGGAAUCGAUGGCCAGUGUAAGCAUCUUGUGGCAACUUUGUAUUGUUUGAUAGAUCUGUACAGACUAGGGAUAAACAAAAUCCCAGAUGCUAAGACAUGCACACAAAAACUUCAAAUGUGGCAUGUCCGAAAACCUGUGACAGACGAACCACUGCUUUUUUCUGACAUAAACUUUGUUAAGCAUGACCCAGAGAGACCAGUAAAAGGGGACCUUGGUUGUAGUGUGAAGCAACAUAAUCCUGUACCUGAGUUUGCAAGCACUGUGACACAGAAAUGGUGGAAUAAUAAGAGAAGCCCCCCUUCUUUCAACAUCUUCGCGAAUGUCAAAUCCCCGAUCAACCAUGAGGCUAUCACCAUCUUCCAUCCUUUACGAAGACGCACUAGUGUUAUGAAGAGCUCUUCCAUUGGUGAGAGUGAUCUAGAUGGUCCACGUUUCUUUAAUAAGUCAUACGGUGUACCAGAUGAUGUGUUCUCUGUGCCCACAUAA